AAGAACAUGAAGUUUUACACAUGGAGAAAAAGCCCAAAUCACACGACACUCCAAUCUACUGCAAUGACAUCUUUAAACCCUUACCCGAAGAACUAAAUAAUAGAGAGAAAAUCAAGAGUGUUCUUACCAAAGGCAUCGCUGGAAUCGGAAAAACAGUCUCCGUGCAGAAGUUCAUUCUGGAUUGGGCCGAUGGAACAGCCAAUCAUGAUGUGGAUUUCAUUUUUGUUCUUCCGUUUCGAGAGUUAAACUUGAUUCGAGAUGAUCGGUACAGUUUUCACAAACUACUUCUGACGUUUUAUGCUGAACUUGAAGAUCUGGACUCAAAGAUUUAUGAUGAGUGUAAAAUCCUGUUCAUCUUUGAUGGUCUGGAUGAAAGCAGAAUGGCACUGAUGUUUUCAGACACGAGCGAGAAAGUUUCUGAUGUGACUGAGACUUCAUCAGUGUCUGUGUUGAUGUCAAAUCUCAUGAGAGGAGAUCUGCUUCCCUCUUCUCUCAUCUGGAUCACCUCCAGACCAGCGGCAGCCAAUCAGAUCCCCUCCAAAUACAUGAAGCGUCUGACAGAAAUCCAGGGAUUUAAUGACGAUCAGAAGGAAGAAUAUUUCAGGAAGAGAAUCAGCGAUGAGCAUCAAGCCGAGAGAAUCAUCUCACACAUUAGAAAAGCGAGAAGCCUUCACAUCAUGUGUCACAUCCCAGUCUUCUGUUGGAUCUCAUCUACUGUGCUUCAAAACCUCCUGAAAGAAGACAACGAGAGAGCAGAAAUCCCUAAAACUCUGUGUGAAAUGUACAUCCACUUUCUGCUGAUUCAGAUGAAUAUGAAGAAUGAGAAGUAUGAUGAAAGAGAUUCAGAGAAACUCCUGCAGUCCAACAGAGACUUGAUUUUGAAACUGGCUGAAGUGGCAUUCAAACAGCUAAUGAAGGGUAAUGUGAUGUUUUAUGAGGAAGAUCUGAGAGAGUGUGGGAUAGACAUCACUGAUGCCUCACUGCAUUCUGGGAUCUUUAAGGAGGAAUCUGUGAUUCAUAAGAGGAAAAUCUACUGCUUCAUACAUCUCAGCUUUCAAGAGUUCCUCGCUGCUCUCUAUGCGUUUUACUGCCAAGUAACCAAACAUGUUGACACACUGCAGUUUAUUGAUUUAGUGGAUAGCUUUUUUAAAGGUGUUGUAGAUAAAUCUGUUAACAGUAAAACUGUCCAUCUAGAUCUAUUCUUGCGAUUUCUGCUGGGCAUCUCACUGGAGUCCAAUCAGAGACUCUUACAGGAUCUACUGACACACACGGUGGAUACCUCAGAAACCAUCAGGGAAACCACAGAGUACAUUAAAGAAAGAAUUAAAAAUGAUCAUAUCUCAGCUGAAAGAUCCAUCAAUUUGUUUUUAUGUCUUCUUGAAGUGAAUGAUCAGACUCUGUCCAAAGAGAUUGAGGAGCUUGUGAGAUCAGACAAACCCUCAGAGAAGAAACUCUCUGCUGCUCACUGUUCAACAAUAGCCUAUGUGCUUCAGAUGUCAGAUGAGGUGAUGGAUGAGUUUGAUCCAAAGAAAUACAACACAACACAGGAGGGCAGAAGACGACUCGUACCAGCUGUCAACAACUGUAGAAAAGCUCUACUUGCUGACUGUAAUCUCACAGUUCAUUCGUGUGAAAUCAUUGCUUCAGCUCUACAAUCCUCGAAUUCUCCUCUGAGAGAGCUGGACCUGACUAACAAUGACCUGCAGGAUUCAGGAGUGAAGCUCAUCUCUGAUGCUCUCAAGAGCCCAAACUGUCAACUAGAAAUACUGAGGUUAUCAGGUUGUAUGGUGACAGAUGAAGGUUGUUGUUAUUUGGCGUCAGCUCUGAGUUCAAACCCGUCACACCUGAGAGAGCUGGAUCUCACCUACAAUCACCCACAACACUCAGGAGUUCAGCUGCUCUCGGAUAAACUCAAUCAUCCAAACUACAAACUCAACAAACUCAAGUUGGAUUAUGGAGGAGAGAAUCGAAUUACGCCAGGACUGAAAAAAUACUCCUGUUAUCUCACACUGGAUUCAAAUACAGCACGUCUUGAUCUUCUUUUGUCUCAGGGAAACCGAACAGUGACACGCGUGAAAGAGAACCAGCCGUAUCCGGAUCAUCCGGAGAGAUUUGAUCAUUAUGGUAAUGUUCUGUGUAAAGAGGAUCUGAAAGAACGCUGUUACUGGGAGGUUGAAUUGACCGGAGUGGCUUAUAUAUCAGUGGUAUAUAAAGAGAUAAAGAGAAAGGGCAACGGUAAUGAGAGUUGUUUAGGAUACAAUCCAAAUUCUUGGAUUUUGUCCCGCACAAAUGGCAUCUACACUGUAGCACACAAUGCAGUAAGGGCAGACUUACCUGUGUCUUUACCUUCCUCUAAUAGAGUAGGAGUUUAUCUAGACUGGUCGGCCGGUACUCUGUCGUUCUUCAGCGUCUCUGACACACACACACUCACACACUUACACACUUUCAACACAACAUUCACUAAACCUGUUUGUGCUGGAUUUGGUCUUCACCCAAAUUCAACUGUGUGUUUGCAUUAGAUGCCCCCACAUUUUUAAUCCUGACUCUUAGAAUAGUUUUUUUUUUCAGAAAAGUGACUAGCAGUUUCCCUUAUCAAUGUUUGCAGAUGACGUGGAUCAGAUGUUGCUCUCUCAUAGCUUAGAUUUGAGUUCUUAGUUGCGUUUCAUUUAAUCAACUUAGUCUCAGAUCUUGGUUAAAAUUGGUUAGUAGAAAUAAAAUCAGAAACAAAAUGUUAAAAUACACAAUGUGAAGUAACCAUUUUUGUGACCUGUUUUGGUUUAGUUUGGUGCCCAUCUUUCAGUAUUUGUAUAUAAACAUUUCAACAUGAAUGUGUGUUGAUGUAAAACACAGUUUGUUUUUAUGGUUAUCAGAUGUUGACUGAAAAAAGUAAACGUACAGUAGCUGUUGUAAUGGACAGAUUGUCCUCUGGCCAUGCAAAUCUCAACAAUGGUGAUGGGGAAAACUAAGCUUUUCGAAGAUUGAUUCAGUUGAACCAAUGGGCUUUAUGCCCAGCUGCACUACUUCCUGAACUUCAGCCAGCUCCUUGUUUCCUGUCUGCCAUUAUUGGACAAACUGAUUAAUCUAGGUGUGCCUGAUUAUUGUUGUGACUACUGAGGUCAGUCACACCUGGAUUAAUCAGUUUGUCCAAUAAUGGCAGACAGGAAACAAGGAGCUGGCUGAAGUUCAGGAAGUAGUGCAGCUGGGCAUAAAGCCAUAUUGCUUGCAAAUUGAUUCACCGUUUCAAAGCAUUCGAAACAACAAACACGCUGGUGAAAAAAUAUAAUAAACACAUUUCAUUUAUCAAAUAUUUACAAUGAAACCCGAAAUUACUAAAAUCAUAGUAGACACUGAUUCAUGUGUAAAAUUUUGAGAUCAACAUGGUGGUGAACCAUUGGAGUUACGAAACAGUAAUGACGUAAAGAAGCCUUGUUUGCCAAAAUAAUGUGACUUCCCCAAUUUGAUACACAUUCUGAAACAAUAAGCUUGUUCAACUCCAUGCUUACCGCAACAACUGAUAGACGGAUGACAUUAAAGUACUGAUUCGAGAGCGAUUCAAGUAUGAUUUCUCUAAUCGUUCUCGUGGUACCUUGACGUCAUCUGCCUGUCUGUUCUUGUGGUGCUGCGUAAAAGCCAAACACGCCAUUAAAAAUUGGCACAAUCGUGAGUUUUGCACUGAACCCCCAGCAAUGCGUAGACUGCAGCAUGAAGCUUUUCAGUUGAUCGUCACCAUUGAUUUUUAGGGCGCUUUCUCACCUGCCUUGUUUAGUUCGGUUGAAUCGUACCAGAGUUCAAUAGCUCACUUGGUGCAGUUUGUUUGGGUGGGUGAGAAUCCAGCAAUCGAACUCUGGUGCGCACCAAAAGCGGACCAAACAAGCGGACCAUUACCUCCUUGAAGAGGUGGUCUCGGUAGAUUUUCCAACAAACUCUGGA